CGUUAGAUCAAACUUAUUCGAUCCGGCGAUGGCGAGAUUCUCAGUUUGUGGAGGAGACGACGGAGAAGGACCAAGCAACAACAAUCAUCAAUCCCGGAAAAGACAACGACUUCCCUCAAUCGAUGAAAACGAAGAAGACGCCGAAACCUCCGACGCCGGAAGUUCCGGUGAAGAAGAAACUCAAAAUCGAGGAAUGAGAACGGAAUCUGAAGAUCGAGAAUCAACGAGCGAUGAUAGCGAUCGUGAAGUUUUGAUAGAAGAGAGACGAUUUGGUAAAUUCGUAAAUAGUCAGAGUUCGAGCAAAGAUUCGCAUCUUUCUGUGACGUUAUUAGAUCCAGAUGUUCUUGAUUGUCCUAUUUGUUGCGAGCCAUUGAAGAUUCCAAUCUUUCAGUGUGAUAAUGGUCAUUUGGCGUGUACUUUGUGCUGCACAAAAGUGAGGAAUAGAUGCCCGUCGUGUACGUUACCCAUCGGUUACGUUCGUUGCAGAGCGAUGGAGAAGGUUAUAGAAACAUCUAGAGUCUCGUGUCCAAAUGCUAAGUACGGGUGUAAAGAGAAUACAGCCUAUGGAAACCGUUUUAGCCAUGAGAAGGUGUGUGUUUUCACUCCUUGUUCUUGUCCCAUAGUUGACUGCAACUACUCUGGGUAUUACAAGGAUCUCAACAACCACGUUCGUGCUGAACACAAAGAUGAACUGAUCCCGUUCGUGUGGAAUUCUCGUUUAACUUUGAGCUUGGACCUCAAUGAGAAGACCACAAUUCUUCAGGAAGAAAACGAUGGGCAAGUGAUUGUAGUUCAAGUUUUCAAGGCUUUGCAUGCUGUGUAUGUUAGUGUGAGCUAUCUUGCACCUUUGGUACCGGGAGUGGGUAAGUUCUCAUGUAGUCUGGCAAAGGUAACCGUUGAUAGCUUACUGAAGCAAGGAUUUAUGGUGAAGAACGUUCAAAAAGUGACGAAUGAAUUGCCCGAAGAUGGUUUUAUGUUGAUUCCUUCCUAUUUGUUGUCUGGUGACAUGGUGAGAGCCUCGACAUCAGAAGCUCUUAUAAUUUACGGUGAUGGAGAGAACAGAGGGACUAAGAGACGCUCGGCCGUGCUACUGGAUCUUGAUAUUCUUGAUUGUCCCGUUUGCUGUGAAGCCUUGACGAUUCCUAUCUUCCAGUGUGACAAUGGACAUUUAGCUUGCGCUUCUUGCUGUCCCAAACUUAGUAAUAAAUGCCCUUCAUGUGCUUUCCCUGUUGGUCACAUUCGCUCCGGAGCAAUGGAGAGUGUUCUUGAAUCGAUCUUGGUCCCAUACCCAAACGUCAUGUUUGGUUGCACCAAGAAUUCCUCUUAUGGGAAAGAGUUAACUCAUGAGAAAGAAUGCAACUUCGCUCCAUGUUCCUGCCCUGUGGAAGAAUGCAAUUACAUAGGCGCAUACAAGGAUCUAUACGAUCACUACCAUCUUACUCACUUGAAAAGAUUCACGCUUGAUUACUUCAGUUAUGGCAAUUCCUUUAAUCUCCGGAUGAAAAUCAGCGAUAAGAAGAUAAUAAUUAGAAUGGAAGACACGAAGAGACUCUUAUUUGCAGUGCAGUGUUUUAAGGAGCCUUGUGGUGUGUAUGUAACCGUAAGCUGCAUUGCACCAUCUACUCCAGAAGUAGGAAAGUUCUCAUAUCAUCUCUCCUAUGCUGUGGAUGGACACGUUAUGACUUACGUAUCACCAGAGAUGAAGAGGGUUCUUGAAGUGAGUUCUCAAAUCCCUAAGAAGAAUUUCAUGUGGAUACCUCACUGUUUAUUGCGUGAUGAUGGAUGGUUGAAUAUUGUGCUCUCCAUCAAGAAUUCUGAGAUCGACCAACAAAACAUGUAACAAUAUCCCCUUUUUUUUUUUGGUAAUUCCAAGCGUCUAGAAAGAUUUUUUUUUUUUUAUAUACUAGAAAUGUGAAUAUCAUAUUUAAUUAAAUUUGAGGUUUUAC